UUAAUAAUUAUUUAUUAAAAAAAUAUAAAUUUCCGCGCGGAAGUGAUGGAAUUUUUUAUUAAACUUUUUUUUUAUUAUGAAUAAUUUAAUUAAUUAGUGAUUAUAAAUAAACAAUUGAAGAUUAGUAAUUUUGAGAGAUUAUAAUAUGUAUAAAUUAGUGAUAGAAAUUGAUAAAGUGAUUAAAUGUCGAACAAAUGGUGAAAAAACGAAGGAAAUAAAUAAAAGUAGUGGCCUUGGAAUUGAAAAAUCUGCCUCAGUUAUAUUGAAGUCAGAGUUUCCUGAUGAUAAAAAUAAUUUAAAUAAAAAAAGUAAUUUUGUGAUAAAUAAAAAAAAUAAAGAAGAAGAUAAUGAAGAUGAUAAAAAAAUAUAUGAAGCUAAAGAAAUAAAUGGAAAAUAUCAAAAAUCAAAUAUACAAGAAGAUAAAGCAGACGAUAAUGAAAAUGAUGAAAAUGUAUAUGAUGAAGAAAUGAAUAAAAAGUGUGAGGAAGUAAAUGUAGAAGAAGAAAAGAAAGGAGAAGAAAAAGAAGAUAAUAAAAAUGUAGAUGAAGAUGAAGACAUGAAUGAACAAUUUACAGAAGUAAAUGUAGAAGAAGAAAAGGGAGGAGAAGAAAAAGAAGAUGAUAAUAAAAAUGUAGAUGAAGAUGAAGACAUGAAUGAAAAAUUUACAGAAAUAAAUGUAGAAGAAGAAAAGGGAGGAGAAGAAAAAGAAGAUGACAAUAAAAAUGUAGAUGAAGAUAAAGAAAUGAAUAAAAAAUAUGAAGGAGUAAAUACAAAAGAAGAAAUAGAGCUAGAAGAAAUUGAAGAAGAAAUCAUUGAAUUUAUCGAAGUAUAUAUAGAAGAUGAAGAAGUUGAUAGAAAAGCUGCAGAAGUAAAUAUACAAGGAGAAGAAGAAACAACUGAAGUUUCUGCUGAAAUAAAAGAUGAUAAACAUGAAUUUUCUGUGUGUAAUCCGUGUUUUGUAUGUGAUCUCUGUGAUUCAAUUUUCGAUUCUCAAGAAUCACUUUCUCUUCAUAAAAAAGCGCAUAUUAAUAAUGAUAAGAGUAAUGAAUUACCUCGAUUUAAAUGUCAUCUAUGUAACAAACAGUUUUUUGACGAAGACGAUGUUAAGAUCCAUAAAAAAGAAGCUCAUCCUAAAAUUAAAAAAUGGAGAAAUUAUAAAAAAAAUGUCGCUUUGAAUAACAAUAAUCAUGAUUGUGAGAUUUCUAAAAUUGAUUUUCAUAAUAAGUCGCUGUAUGACGAACAUACUUCUGAGCACGAAGAAAAAUUAGCAGCUGAUGAAGAAAUGGUUGAAGCUAAAAAUAAAAAACUUAUAGAUAUAACGAACUCAUUACCAGGUUCAGAUAUUUUUAAAUGUAGGAUUUGUAAAAUGCCGUUUAAUUCAUCGGAAAAAUUUGAAGAACAUAUUAAUUAUUGUUCAAGUGGAAGAAAAGAUAAAUGGGAGUGUAUUAUUUGCCAUAAUUUAUACGAAAGUCAUCAACUUCUGUAUGCUCACUUCGAAGAUCAUGACACGACUGGUCCCAGUCACUGACAUAUUUGUCGCUUAACUUUUGAUGAUUCUUAUUUAUUGAAACUUCAGAUGAGACAACAUGAAUUCUCCAGAAAAUAAUUUACUUAUAAUCAAGUAUCUUUUAUAAAUUUAUUCGUAAAACUCUUUAUAUUCCUUUUAAUUAUUUAAUUAUUUAUUUUUUUUAAAAGUUACUGUUGAUAAUUUUUCAUACUUUUAAGUCCGCAUUUUUUUUUUAUAGUAACAUUACACGGAAAAAAAUAGAUAUUACUGGUUACUGUUCUGCGCAGUAAUCGACGAAAAAUACACGGAGAGAAAUUUCAAGUAAAUAUGCCUACGCAGCAUAGUAAUAAUUACAUUACUCUAUAGUUUGUAUAAGCAGACACAUAAGAGCGGCGUGAUACAAAUUACAGAGUAAUGUAAUUAUUACUAUGCUGCAUAAGCAUAAUUACUUGACAUUCCUCUCCGUGUAUGGAGAAAAAUAAAUUUUAAUAUGACUGAUUCGUAUUAGAACAGGAGUAAGUAAUUGCUUACAACGUUCUAUUACUUUUUAAACAGUAACCAGUGCUGUGCUACACAAUACAAUAAACAUAUGACAGGUUACUGUUAAAAUAGUCGUCGUUGAUAGUUAAAGAGUACAAACCUCUCAGCACAGCUCUUGUUGCUGUAUAGAAUAAGAGAACUCACUAUUUAGUGACAGGAAUGGUUACUUAGCUCGUAGUUCUCAUUAACCUCCAGAACUUAGUCCUGUUUUGACAUGAACUAUUACUAAAUUCAUUUGUGACUGAAGUGUCAAGAAUAGUAAAGACACAUAUGAAUAUAUCAAUAGUUCAUGUUAGAACAGGACUGAGUACUGUUCUGGAGAUCAAUGAGAACUACGAGAUCUAAGUAACCAUUCCUGUUACUAAAUAGUAAGUUCUCGCAUUCUAUACAGCAGCAAGAGCUUUGCUGAGAAGUUUUUAUACACAGAAAGAUUGGAACCCGACUGGUUACUGUUC